AGAUCCAAGAUGGCGGCGCAGGCCAGCGAGGGUGCUUCGUGAGGCGCUAGAUCACCAUGGCGACGGCGAGGCUGGGCUGGCAGGCCUUGGGCCUGGCCGUGCGUCAGGCUCGGCUCCUCCCGGCCGCCUCCCCUCGCCUGGAGCCGGCCUCGGCCCGCGCUCUGAGCCUGAGGAACUCGCGGCCACUCGGUCUGAAGGGACAGGAGGCAAGCCGGGUUCCUUCGGGAACGGGCCCUCUGCAGCCCCUCUGGGCCGCCCCGGCUCGCCCGCAGAGCCGCGACUCCGCGCUGGAUCACCUGGCCGGGAUCGCCCCGGGAGAAGCGGGCCCGUCUCUGGGGGGGCCGCCCGCCCCGCCCGCCUGCGCCUUCCCCGGUGAUCACAGAUCCCUGUUGUUCCACCGCCCUGAUCAGCCGGAGAACCCCAAAGUCUUGAGAGUGGCCAUUAUCGGGGCUCCCAACGCCGGCAAGUCCACCCUGUCGAACCAGCUGCUCGGACGGAAGAUCCUGCCGGUCUCCAGUAAGGUGCACACGACCAGAUGCAACGCUCAAGGCGUCAUCACAGCCGAGGAUACCCAGCUGAUUAUCUUGGAUACCCCUGGCCUCACCACCGCUGCCAAAGGCAAAAGACACAACCUGGAAAAGACCAUGCUGUCUGACCCCUUUGACAGCUUGAACGAUGCCGAUUUAGUGCUGGUCCUGGUGGAUGUCUCGGAUCGCCACACCCGGCAUCAGCUUCACCCGCAGGUGCUUCACUGCCUGAGGCAGUUCCCGCAGGUUCCCAGCCUCCUCAUCUUGAACAAGGUGGAUCUGGUGAAGCAGAAGGGCCUCCUCUUGGAGCUGGUGGCGGAGCUGACCGAAGGCGCCUUUGGAGGAAAGAAGCUGGGAAUCCGGUCUCUGUACAGGCCCCCCAAGAGCGGCCCCGGGGAGCCCCUGCGGAAGGAGCCGGGCUGGGCCUCUGCCACGGAGCACGAGACCCCGGAGGGCUCCAAGGCCCAGAAAGGCUGGCCGGGCUUCCGGGAGAUCUUCAUGUUGGCUGCGUUGCAGGAGGAGGAGGUGGACACUCUGAAGAAAUACCUCCUUAAUCAAGCCAAGCCGGGCCCGUGGGAGUACCACAGCGACGUCCUGACCAGCCAGUCCCCGCAGGAGAUCUGCGCUAACCUCAUCCGGGCCAGACUCCUGGAACACCUGCCCCACGAAGUGCCCUAUCUGGUGACACAGAAAACAGCCCUUUGGGAAGAGGGCCCAGCUGGGGAGCUCCAGAUCGUGCAGACUUUGGAGGUCCCGAAGGAGAGACACCUGAAGAUGCUGAUUGGCGCUCAGGGCCAGGUGAUCGGCAAGAUCGCCACCGAGGCCGGCUACGACCUGAUGAACGCCUUCCUGUGUGAAGUGCAGCUGAAGCUCUCCGUCCAGCUGAAGGAGUGAGCCCCGCCCGCCCUGAGAGGAUGGGUCUCUUUUCGGACACUGCCCCCUGUCUGGCCCAAGCGCUAACUGGACUCUGAAAGGCCCCACCCCUCUCCCUUGGGGCAGGAGGGUGGAGCCCCCUCCUUCCCACCCCGGGGACCCAAAGGGCUUCUGGGGCGGUGGGCAGCUGGCCGGCAGCUCCAAGCCAAGGCCCACCCUCUGGGUUCCUUGGUUGGCAGAAGAAACGCGGUGCCACCUUGCCCCUUUGACUCUUGGGAGAACCCCUGGAAACCCACCCACCCCGCCUUUUCACGCACCUCUGGGCAGAUUUUGGGCACAGCUAGAAUAACUUCCUCCUCCCCCUGCGUUAAAGGGGUCCUUCGUCAGCCAUUUUUCCCACUUGGCAAAGGAAUCUCUCUCACCCCAAUGGCUGCUCACGGGUGGCAGGCACAUUAUGGCGCAUGCGCCGUACACCCCACCGACGGCAUCUGGGCGAAACCUAUGCCCAUCCAGAGGAAGGCAAGGCUUGUUGGCUCUGUGAGUUAAAGGGUGUUAGGGGUUCAUGGAAUUGCAAUAAAAAGAGGCUCCUGGUCAGAGAAA